ACCAUGGAGACUGAGGCUCGAACACAACAACAACAACCGUGCCAGGCUAGGUGCACCUUGAGGCUGCCACGUGAAGUGUCGAACGCCCGCUGGCAGGAGGAGGUCACGGGGCAGACCCAGCAGGUGCCACGGGUCGACUGACCGAGAUGACCGAGAUGACUGGCUGAUGCACCACCUGUGCCCCCUACUGUGCCAACUUGCUGUGCUUUAGCCACCCGGCGCUCCGCUCGUUGUUGUGAGCGUCGCUCCUCCGCCCUCCGUUGUUGUUGGAGGGCGACUGCCUCCAACUGCCCAGUAGCCUCAAGGUGCACCUAGCCUGGCACUGCCUAGUAGCAGCAGUAGCGUCCUUCACGAGCCUCCUCCUCCACAGAGGCCGAUCUUGACACUGCUGGUACCAGUCAUCGGCGCCAUCAUGGAUUGCGUCUUCAUGGACGUCGCCAUGGACGGCGAGCCGGCUGGACGCCUUGUCUUUGAGCUCUUCACGGAGCUCUGCCCCAGGACUUGCCACAACUUCCGAGCUCUGUGCACGGGCGACGGCUCGCAGGGUUCGCCCUCGUACAAGGGGUCACUCGUCCAUCGCGUCGUGCCCAACGGGUGGAUUCAGGCGGGAGACAUCACGGCAGGCCGAGGGAAUGGAGGCACCUCCAUCUACGGACCCACGUUUGAGGACGAGAGCUUCGCAGUGAGCCACUCGUGCCGAGGGGUUCUGGGAAUGGCGAACUGCGGGCGCCACUCAAACUCGUCGCAGUUCUACGUCACCCUGCAGCCGGCGCCCUGGAUGGACCGCCAGUUCGUCGCCUUUGGGUGAGUUGCCUCCGAACCAACAGGCCGACAACAACAACAACAACGACAACAACAACGACAACAACGACAACGACGACAACAACGACAACGACAACAACAACGACAACAACAACAACGACAACAACGACAACGACAACGACGACAACAACGACAACAACAACAACAACAACAACGACAACAACAACAACGACAACAACGACAACACCAACAACGACAACAACAACAACGACAACAACAACAACGACAAUAACAACAACGACAACAAUGACAACAACGACAACAACAACAAUGACAACAACAACAACAAUGACAACGACAACGACAACAACGACAACGACAACAACAACGACAACAACAACAACGACAACGUCGCCAUCGACAACACACAGCCGCCAGUCGC